AAAGAACCGAACGUGUUUUGAUCGUAUUUGAAUAUAAUCUCGCAAACAAGUUCAACAAAUCCGUUGGCCUGAUCUCAAGUCGUUUGCUUUUUCAGUAUCAGGUUUGGCCGUUUUGCUAGGAAGUUUCUUUGUGAAUACACUGUGCUAGAUAACAAUGGUGUUUAAAGGGAAAUUAAUUAUUCAGAUUUUUCUGAUUUUAUCUAUAAGUAUAUGCACACUUUGUCAGAUAUUAUUUCCGGAGCUACCUACGCAAAGACUGGAUAGCGAUCGAACAGAGGAAAGAGUACCCCUUUAUGCACCAAAUAAAUGUCCAGAAAAUCAACUGUAUUAUCCUGGAAACCAAAAACAUGACUGGAUUUGCGAUUGUGGACCAACCUACAUCUAUUACCCUCCAAAAGAUUUUUGUUAUCCUGCAUACCGGCAAGGACCUUGUAAAGAUGGCGAACAUUUAAUUGUGCGAGGAGGAGAUGUCAUACCAAGUUGUAACAAAAAUCCAUGUGAAGAAGGAUUUGCCAGAUACAAAGGAAACUGCUACGAAAUGGGAAAACCUAACGGACCAUGCCUCCCAAUUCAGCAAGGCGGUGGUAUUUUUGACGUAAACGCUACAACACUUGUCGUCGAAUGUCUUAAAGGCACUGACAGGCUGUCAUUACUAACUUUGCCCAAAUUUUGCAUGCCUGGAAGUAAAAGAGACAGUAACGGCAAUUGUAGAGUCAUUUACAACUAAUAGAAACAAACGUUUUUAGGUCUACCAGAGUAUUUUUAGUUGUAUCCGUCAGAUCUACAGAAUUGUUCAGUUAGGUGUCACUUUCAAAAUUAACUGUAAUAAUAAGCCGUUCAAAAAGUUUUGCAAUUUGAUAAGAAAUACACAAUUUUAUGGUUUAAAAUAUACAUUAUUAUUCAGUAUAGUCUCCCUGAACAUUAAGACAUUUGUUUUAACGAAAUUUCAAUUUAUGAAUUCAAUACCUGAAGUGAGAAUCUGAAAGGGUUGAAAGAUAGGCUUUAACCGCUGUUAUGACCUCACCAUUUAAUGAAAAACCUUUUACACGCAUAAUAUUUUUAGAUAUUAACAGAUAGAGGUCGCUAGGGGCCAAAUUAUAUGAAUUCGGUAGAUGCUCCAACAAUUCAAACUUUAAUUCGUAGAUAUUAGCCAUUGUCAAAAUGCUCAUAUAAUACGUUGUAUUGUCCUGAUAAAAAAAGGAACUUUUUCUUUUGCAAACCGGGUGUUUUUUCAUGAUUUUUUUCCUUCGGCUGAUUUGAGAGGUUGCAAUAUUAUUCAGAAUUUAUUGUUUUACCAGCUUGCCACAAGUAAUCCACAAACAAAAUUUCUU